CAUUACCAUCAUUUUUGGUGAGACCAUCAUCAUGUCGGCUGAUGCAAAAGAUGACAAACGAGAUGCAAUGUUUACAUUUCAACAACUAGAAGGCAAAACGUGCAAAGCUCUGCAAGUUCAGAAUGUGCAAGAUCUUUUAAUGAAGUGGUCAAUGAAGGGCCGGAUUAGUGCACAGUACUACAGCUUUGAUGCCUUGUUCCAGUCCUACCAUAAAGAUGCAUUCGCUCUGGAUUUCUUACAAAGUCAGAAUGUGAAGGCAACACUUCAGGUGCUUUCGGACAGUAACACCUGGUGCCCUGUAGGUCAUCAGGCACAUAAAGUGGAGGCUAAUCCCGUCCAAUGCAGCGUCACAUCCAUGAAGUUUUUUGACCGUCUGUAUGACGAAGGCAUCGUGAGAGAGAGUGGCAGUAUCGUCAAGUGUCUGGACGAGUAUCACGAGGAAUUCCAGAUAUCGGACGAAUUACGCAAGAUGCUUCUGGUGGAAGACUCGGACAACUACGACAUCUUCAGCGACAGCGAGAGACAAGAAUUCUUCUUUCUUCUCUUCCAGCACUUGUGCCUCGGGGGCCAAGUUUGUCAGUUUGAGGACGACAUUAAGCCGUAUCUGGACACUGCCAAGUCAUUGUACAAGGAGCUCAUCAGUGUGCAGAAAGAUAGUUCUACACAGCAGCUACGAGUGACUUCGCUGGUCUAUCAACUGAAAGCUCAGGACCAGACGGGAUACCAGUACUACCCAUGCGACAAGGAUCAUCCGCAGACAUUCGCUUACCUCAUCAUCGAUCCACUGAAGAGACAUGUUGCCGUUUUCUACCAUAAAUUUGGCGGCGGUGUGUUCAGCUGAGGCGGUGGUUGUACAGAAGUUCCAUAUUGCUUUCUAGGAAAUGGAUGGACACCAUUUGCAAAAACAAAACUUUUGUGUUUUUGUUGGUUCUUGGUUCUUCUCCUUAAUACUCCAAGUGGGAGUUUUAACAGGCAGCCAGAAACACCAGGGCGAACCCCUUCUCUUAGCGAUAAGUGUCACUGGGUUCUUUUGUGGCAUUGCAGUACAACAC